CCUGGGAAUUAAUUCAGUCUGAUUGGCUCUCAUGUCACGUGAUGCCGUUCGGUGGGCGGAGCUUUCCAUGAGCAGGAAGCGUGACGUCACAUUUGUUUUGGAAGAAGCGAAGCAAAAAAUGGAGGAAACCGUGAAAGAUUACAAGCUGAUUUUUGAGAAGGAGGGAGUUUACCUCCACACAAACGCCAAGAAGACUGUUCAGGAAACCGGCAUACCGGGAUUCAUUCGCAUUGUGGAACGGGCUGGAGUGCCUGCUUUGGAGUGGAGCCCCCUGGAGGAUGAAGGUCACAGCGCGCCCGCUGUCCUCUACAGCAGAAAGGAUGGGGAAGGAGGCGAGGAGGACACAAACUUUGACCCGGGGUAUGAGCCUGACUGGGCGGUUAUCAGCACUGUGAAGAAAGACCGCGAGCAUGCCCAAGUUAAAGAUUCAGGUCAGUGGGCUUUCUCUCUGCCCCUCUCGGAGCUGUACUCUCUCCGGAGGGCCCGCUUUUCAUUGGGUCGGAACUUCAUGGUGCUGACGAGCAGAGGGGGCCACCCACUUCCUCCUCUGCACUUCCACAGAGGGGGAACCAGGGAACUUCUGAGGGCUCUCCAACAUUACAUCAUCCUGGACCAGUCACCCGUUGACGGACGCCUCUUCCUAGCCUACCCACGCGACUCGAACUCCGCUGCUUUCCCUCAGCUACAAAUCCUGGAAGACGGAGGCUCCGAUAUCGUCUCGGUAAGAUUUAUCCACGAUCCAUACGCCACCACAUUUGGGGGAUUCUCCAAAGUCACCAAUUUCUUCCGUGCCGCCCUCCGCCCUCCUGAGACCUCCGUCACGCGGACCAAUCAGGGUCCGGGUCUGCCGUCGCAGCCCGACGACGAGCCUGGAUUUGAGCUCAUCACCUGUGGCGUGGAGCUUGGUCCCAGGCCGGCAGUAACCAGGGGACGAGCUCUGGACCAAUGGGAGGAGUUUCUGGACUCUGAGGGACGUGUGAAGGAACCUCAGAAAGUCAAAGAACUCGUGUUCAGAGGGGGUAUCACUCCAUCACUCAGGAAGGAAGUGUGGAAGUUCCUCCUUGGUUUUUAUCCCUGGAAGAGCACCUCAACGGAAAGAGAGGACAUUCUUCGAGUCAAAACGGAUGAGUACUUCAGGAUGAAGGUGCAGUGGAAGUCCGUGAGUGAAGAGCAGGAGAUGAGGAACUCCCUCCUCAGAGGGUACAGGAGCCUGAUAGAGAGGGACGUCAACAGGACGGACAGGAACAACACGUUCUUCUCCGGCAACAACAACCCCGGCCUGACUCUGCUGCAUGACGUGCUGAUGACGUACUGCAUGUACAACUUCGAUCUUGGUUAUGUCCAGGGGAUGAGCGACCUCCUCUCUCCGAUCCUGUUUGUCACUCAGAAUGAGGUGGAGUCCUUCUGGUGUCUGACUGGCUUCAUGGAGCUGGUGCACCAGAACUUUGAGGAGUCCCAGGAGGCUAUGAAGCAGCAGCUCCUUCAGCUCAGUAUCCUGCUGAAGGCUCUGGACCCAGAACUGUGCGACUUCCUCGACUCGCAGGACAGCGGCUCGCUUUGCUUCUGCUUCCGCUGGCUGCUCAUCUGGUUCAAGAGGGAGUUUUCCUUCGAAGAUAUCCUCACCUUGUGGGAGGUCCUCUGGACUCGACUUCCAUGUGACAACUUCCACCUGCUGAUCGCCUGCUCCAUCCUUGAGUCCCAGCGAGGAGAGCUGAUUGGCUCAGACCACGACUUCAACACCAUCCUCAAGCAUAUUAAUGAGCUGACGAUGAAGCUGGACCUGCAGACCGUCCUGCGGGAGGCGGAGGCCAUCUACCUGCAGUUUGUUUGCUGUAAAGAGCUUCCCCGCAAAGUGAAGCAGGUGUUGGGCCUCUCUGUCCCGUCCAGCUCCGAGGAGGACAGCUCAGGGUCCCAGAGAAGUGAGACAGAACAGCUCCUCGGUCAGACGGAGGGAGGAGCUGCUUCAGCGCACGUUCCCACCUACCCUUAAAUCUCAGUUCAGCUGCAAAAUAUAAAGUAUACAUUAACAAAAACAAAGACUAUUGUUACUUCUUUUUGGAUACAGGGGGCGCUGUGUGACCAUUAUACCCAUACAUGCAGUGCUUUGUUCAGUAUGUCUUGUUUUUUUGUCCCAUGUAGCUGUUGUUCUGUCUUUUCUCCAUUUAAUGCUGCUCUUUUACUCCUUAUUAAAUGGUUUACUUCAGUUUAUUUCCUUUUAACGAGGUUUAUAUUUAAAUUUUCCUACAGUGUAUCUGAAAAGCUAUGAAGAAGAAGAGUAAACUGACAGACAGAACCGUGUUAUCGCUACAUGUUGCCAUUCAGGCCCUAUGCAAAGUGUUUUGCAUGCCUUUCAGUUCUCACUCUGCUUACUUUUAUUUUAAAACUAAUUAUUGCAUCAUAAAAUAAAGGUCUCAAUCUUACUGAAACAA